AAUAUUUGAUACUAUCGCUUUUGGCGGGUAAGUUUCCGCCACUCAAAACGUGCGGCCAUCACGGGCAUUGAGCUCCUCGCCGUCUCUAGCUCAAGCGUCCAUCCUCACGUCUACUUACUUAACAUGCGUUGGCUGCAGCUAUCCCGUGCUGCCGCUGGCCUGCGCCGCAGCAGCCCCGCCACGCUGCGUCUGUGUCCGACGUCGUCUCUGCUGUCGCGAAGCUUCAGCGCCGCUGUAUCGGACUCGGACGUGCCACCCUUCGCACCGGGUUUCCCCGUGCCCGAGGGCUACAUGAGCAAUCUGCGCAAUAUAGGUAUCUCCGCACACAUUGAUUCCGGCAAGACGACGCUUACCGAGCGCAUCCUCUUCUACACUGGCCGUAUUAACGCCAUCCACGACGUGCGUGGCAAGGACGGCGUCGGUGCCAAGAUGGACUCCAUGGAGCUGGAGCGUGAGAAGGGUAUUACUAUCCAGUCCGCCGCCACCUACUGCUCGUGGAAGGACUCCAACAUUAAUAUUAUCGACACACCCGGUCACGUUGACUUCACUAUUGAGGUGGAGCGUGCGCUGCGUGUGCUGGACGGCGGUGUGCUGGUGCUCUGCGGUGUCUCGGGCGUGCAAAGUCAGUCGCUCACUGUGGACAAGCAGAUGAAGCGUUACGGUGUGCCUCGUAUUGCCUUUAUCAACAAGCUUGACCGCAUGGGUGCCAACCCUUGGAAGGUUAUCGGAGACCUGCGCACGCAGCUCAAGCUGAACGCCUGGGCUCUGCAGGUGCCGAUUGGCGCUGAGAACGACCUGGAGGGUGUUGUGGAUCUACUGACCAUGAAGGCUCUACGCAACAAGGGCGAGAGCGGUGAGGUGAUCGAGGAGUCUGACGACAUUCCGGUUGAGACUCGCGCUCUGGCCGAGGAGAAGCGACUGGAGCUCAUUGAGGCGCUUGCCGAUGUUGAUGACGACAUUGCUGAGAUGUUCCUCAUGGAGGAAGAGCCCACUGUCGAGCAACUUAAAGACGCCAUUCGUCGCGCCACCAUUGCGCACAAGUUCGUGCCGGUCAUGAUGGGAUCGGCCUUUAAGAACCGCGGCGUGCAGCCCAUGCUUGACGGUGUCAUUUCGUACCUUCCGAGUCCGUCGGAGGUCAAGAACUACGCUCUGGACCAGUCGAAGGGUGAGGCUCGUGUCGGCGUCCCGUGCUCUCCGGACGCGCCUCUAUUGGCGCUUGCCUUCAAGCUGGAGGAAGGAAAGUUCGGCCAGUUGACUUACAUGCGUGUCUACGCUGGUACACUCAAGCGCGGUGGCUUCAUCUACAACAUGAGCGACAUGAAGCGCAUUAAGGUGCCGCGUCUGGUAAAGAUGCACUCGAACGAGAUGGAAGAGGUGGAGGAAGUUGGUGCCGGUGAGGUUGUGGCCAUGUUCGGCGUUGAAUGUGCCAGUAUGGACACGUUCAGCGACACGAACCAGGGCAAGUUCACUAUGACGAGUCUGCACGUGCCUGAGCCGGUGAUGUCGCUGGCCGUGACGCCCAAGAACAAACAGCAGAUCAGCAACUUCUCCAAGGCGCUUAACCGCUUCCAGAAGGAGGACCCGACGUUCCGCGUGCGUGUGGAUGAUGACAGUAAGGAGACGAUCAUUAGCGGUAUGGGUGAGCUGCACCUGCAGAUCUACGUGGAGCGUAUGAAGCGCGAGUACAACGUGGAUGUGGAGACGGGAGCACCCCAGGUCAACUAUCGUGAGACGAUCCGUCAGCGUAGUGAAUUCAACUACCUGCACAAGAAGCAGAGCGGUGGCUCUGGCCAAUAUGCCCGUGUGGUGGGCUACAUUGAGCCACUCACGGAGGAGGAGGUGGAAGAGCUUGACAAUGCGGGUAACACUUCGGGGGUUGUGUUCGAGAACGCUAUCAUCGGUAACGCUAUCCCUCCCGAAUACAUUACCGCUUGUGAGAAGGGUGUGAACGAUGCGAUUCAAAAGGGUUGGCUCAUUGGCCACCCAGUGCAACGUAUGCGCGUGGUGGUGAAUGACGGUCAGUCGCACUCGGUGGAUUCCAGUGAACUUGCUUUCCGUACCGCUAUGGUGCUGGCUAUCCGCCAGGCGUUCAUGAAGGCCGACCCGUGCAUCCUGGAGCCCGUCAUGGCUGUGGAAGUGGAGGUGCCCAACGAGUUCCAGGGCACGGCCAUUGCCGAGGUGAACCGUCGUCGCGGUCUCAUUAACAGCAGCGACGCCGAUGACAUGCACACGGUCGUCAAGUGCGACGUGCCGCUGCAGAACAUGUUUGGCUUCUCGACGGACCUGCGUUCGUCCACGCAGGGCAAGGGCGAGUUCACGAUGGAGUACAAGACCCACGGCGUCGUUAUGCGUGACAUGCAGGAGAAGCUGGUGGCCGAGUACGAGAAGGCGCUGGCCGCCAAGAACAAGUAGAUGUAGUCGCUCUCAGAUAUUUUGCCUUGGUAGACGGCUAGGGAAUAGACCAGAUAGACUACGAUGCAUUACAAGAACCCCCAUUCAUGUAUUACUCUCUUCAUUUUUGCCAUCAA